AAUCUUUAGUCCCAAGAUGAGUGAGGAAGCUAAAGAUAAAACCACUGGCAAACCAGCGCAUCGUAAGAAGAAAGGCAAAAAGUGUGUAUUUGACUCACCAGGAAUGCAAAGCCAUCAUGAAAGGUCUGACUCACAAAUCACUCAUCGUGACCACUGGUUGCUCUGGUAUUUCCAGUGCACCUGAUGAUCUAAAGCAGCCUCAUUAUUACCUAAGCAGCCACUGUAAGGAUGAAGGGGUAGGGACAGCCUCAGGGUUUGGGUGGAGGGAAGCAUCCGUUGUUGUUUCUCUUCAACAGCGUCAAUGUGAGUCCACUGCUGUACUUCUGACACUGUCCCUCUGUCCCCAGAGGACGUGAUCAAGCCUUUGAAUUAAAAGUGUUCUUAGGCACAGCACAGUGUUUAUGUCAUGAAAGACAAUAUGUUUUUGUGAGUGUGUGAGUGUGUGUGUGUAUGUGUGUUUGUAAGCAGUACUAAGUGCUGUUGUGCUGUGCUGUGCUCCUGGGGCUCUGUUGUUUUGUCAAUGGGGUAAGCCCAUGAUAAAUAGGAUGCAGCAGGUUCCACUGAUCCCUACUGGGCAGGACAGAGAGGAGGCCUUGGCCCGGGGCCGGAGGCAGGGGACUGGAGACCAGGACAGAGAGGAGGCCUUGCCCCGGGGCCAGAGGCAGGGGACUGGAGACAGGACAGAGAGGAGGCCUUGGCCCGGGGCCGGAGGCAGGGGACUGGAGACCAGGACAGGAGGAGGCCUUGGCCCGGGGCCGGAGGCAGGGGACUGGAGACCAGGACAGAGAGGAGGCCUUGGCCCGGGGCCAGAGGCAGGGACUGGAGACCAGGACAGAGAGGAGGCCUUGGCCCGGGGCCGGAGGCAGGGGACUGGAGACCAGGACAGAGAGGAGGCCUUGGCCCGGGGAGGAGGCAAGGGACUGGAGACCAGGACAGAAAGGAGGCCUUGGCCCGGGGCUGGAGGCAGGGGACUGGAGACCAGGAUAGGAGAAAGGCUAGAGGAUUAGAGAAGCUUUGAGGGUUUGGCUUUGAACAGGGGACCGGGCAGGGUUAUCAGGUUGGGAUAAUUGUUUCAGUAUGAAUCUUUUGGCAGGGCCAUGGCUGGUACUGGGAUGAAGUAAGUUCCUUUGUUGCCCCCAAUAUCCCUUAGUGUGUGAUGUGAGAACUGAUAUCACUCUGCUUUGGUUUAAUCAUACAUCAAAUUGUUGUUUUUGUCCCCAAAAUACAUGCAGCCACAUGGGAACAAAAUUCGGCUGGCAUUUUUCUUGCUCCCUCUAGGAAGCGCAUAUCAAUUACACGCACGCACACACGCACACACGCGCACGCACACACGCGCGCGCACGCACACACGCACACACACACACACACACACACACACACACAGGGCCUCAAUUUGUGAAAAUCAAUGGCCACAGCUCAAAGGGUUUCUAAACCACAGAAAGUGAAAGAGCUGGUUACACAACUGAAUCACAGGAAAACUCUAACCCCUCCCUUUUGAAUUUCAUAAAUGUACCACAAAACUUUUAACCAAAAGAACAGAUGGCUUGUUCCUCUAAAUUCCUCUGGCCAGGUAUUUGAUUUGUUUCACAUAAGCAGUAACGUACUGUAAUGUGUAGUAAUCAUCACAGGAAAUACUGCCCUCACAGAAAAAACACAUAAUUUCGUUCAGUUUUUAUUGUUAUUCUUUAGUUUCUUAUCCUCUU